CGCCGGGAGAGCGGGGAGCCAGGAAGGAGCUCUCUGGCCAGCCACGCCCUCCGGCCCGGCUGCGGACCCUCCCGGCCCGGGGCAGCCCUGCCCUGAGGGAGAUGGAGCCCAAGGACCAGCCGCUCACGGUGGCGCUUCGGAUCCGCCCGCUCAAUGACGCGGAACUGGAGGAAGGGGCCACUGUCAUCGCCCACAAGAUGGGGGACCAGAUGGUGGUGCUCAUGGACCCCGACGAGGACCCCGAGGACCCGCUGCGCACACAGCGCUCCCGGGAGAAAACCUUCAUCUUCGACACUGUUUUCGACCAGCAGGCAUCCCAGGAAGACGUGUACCUCGCCACCACCCAGCACUUAGUGGAAGGUGUCAUUUCCGGAUACAACGCCACGGUGUUUGCCUACGGCCCCUCAGGCACCGGCAAGACCCACACGAUGCUGGGCAUGGACGCGGAGCCCGGCAUCUACCUGCGGACACUCUCUGACCUCUUCCAGGCCAUCGAGGAGACCCGGGGCCACGCAGACUGCAGCGUGUCCAUUUCGUACCUCGAGAUCUAUAACGAAGUGAUCCGAGAUCUCCUGAACCCCGCCUCGGGGUUUCUGGACCUGAGGGAAGACGCCAGGGGCACCAUCCAGAUUGCAGGCAUCACGGAGGUCUCCACCUCAAACGCCCAGGAGAUCAUGCAGCUUCUCACCAAAGGCAACCGGCAGCGCACGCAGGAGCCCACGGCCACCAACAAGACGUCGUCCCGCUCCCACGCCGUGCUGCAGGUCACCGUGCGCCAGCGGAGCCGCGGCACAGACCUGGCGGAGGAAGUGCACGUCGGGAGGCUCUUCAUGGUGGACCUGGCGGGCUCGGAGCGGGCGUCCCAGACCCAGAACCGCGGCAAGAGGAUGAAGGAGGGUGCCCACAUCAACCGCUCCUUGCUGGCGCUGGGCAACUGCAUCAACGCCCUCAGUGAGAAGGGCGGUAGCAGGGCCCAGUACGUGAACUUCCGGGACAGCAAACUCACCCGCCUGCUGAAGGACGCCCUGGGAGGGAACAGCCGCACAGUGAUGGUCGCCCACAUCAGCCCAGCCAGCACCCACUUCGAGGAGUCGCGGACCACCCUGCUCUACGCCUACCGGGCGAAGAACAUCAAGACCAGGGUCAAGCGCAACCUGCUGAACGUGUCCUACCGCAUCGCGCAGUACACGCACGUCAUCUCCGACCUGCGCGGGGAGAUCGAGCGCCUCAAGUCCAAGCUGGAGCAGCAGGAGAAGGAGAAGAGAAGGGAGCCCGGCGUCCGUGGUGCUCAAGCCAUGAUCCCUCCCGUGGACACAGAGGAGGAGAGCGCCUGCAGAUGAACAAGAUCCGGGCGCAGCUCAUCGGGGCCUUCAAGGAGCAGCUGGAGAUGCGGCACAGCCUGAUGGAGCUGGAGAACACCAGCAUCGAGCUGCACAUCGACACGUCCCGCCACCUGCUGACCAUCGCAGAGUGAGCGGGCUGUCUGUCCAGCGGGUGGGGAGGGAGGCGGUGGGCAGACCUCCUUUUCUGCUACUGUCCAGCCUCCCUCUACAGCCUGGGGUCCCCUAGGGGACUUCGGCCAAGAGCUUCCUCUCUUCCCCUUAGACUUCCUUCUGUGGGGCUGGGGUCGGGGGAGGUGGUCCAGGGCCAUUCCUGGCAGGCAGCCCCCAACCCCCAGCCCGUUUACAGGGAGGAUGUCGAGGUCAGAGAGGACAAGGGUUUGCCUGAAGGUGUGUGCCCACCAGCCCGGGGCUCUUUCUCACAGUCCACACCCACCCACGGUUCACACCUACCGGGAAUAACUGACUGCAUGGGGAGGGACUGGCUGUGCAAUUUAUCUGAUGCACUGGAAGUGAGCGGGUGCUACUAACAGGUGUCACCAGAGCCGCCCUGGACAAACUAGGACACGGGGCCUCCCCGCUUACAGGCCUCAGUGCCACAACUGAGUCCAUUUCUUCUCCAAUCCUCCCCCAUUUCUCCUUCUCCUCCUCCUGCCUAUCUUCCUACUCAUGCAGACAGCGCGGCACCUGCACUAGAGAAAUCCUACUAGAAAGGACGCGCUCCCUCCACCCCAGCCCGCUCCCAGCCCUGGCUCCCCCGAGUCCUUGCAGUGUCCACACCACCUGCGCUGCAGUUCAGGUUGAGCCUGGCGCCCUCUGUGCACCUUUGUGGGUGUUACUCUGAGCGGGGUGGUCCCACUUAGUCCUCUCGGAGCCCCAGGGGUGCUGUUGCAUCCAAGUUUUACAGCUGAGGGAACCGGCCACAUUUAUGUGGCAGGUGGCCCAUGGUCCCCGGAAGGCCCUGAGUGUGCCUGGGGAUGCAGGCAGGUGCGCUGGCUGCUUCAUCACCGGCGACCCUGCCUCAAACGGUCUUUAAUUCCUUCUGGUUUUGUUCACACGCUCCUGUUCUUCAGAAGCAUAGAAGGGAUCAGACAGCAGCGCCAUGUCUGCCCCAUGUUCAUGCCCCUACCUGCGAGGACAGCAGCUCCUAGCCGGGCAUGGGCUGCACUCUGCCCUCUGACACUGACCCCUCUGUGUGCCCGCAGCUGGGAGCGGGAGAGGGCCCAGCACCUUGCGCACAAGGACGAGGAGCCGGGGAGGCCCACGCUGACGGGGACGAGGGCGAGUCCACGGAGCCCCACGAGGUGGCUCUGGCCAGAGAGGAGGUCAAC